AUGGAAAAACUGUUCUGCAGCAUCCUGGUGUUUGGAGUGGUUGUUGUGGUCAACGCCUGUCCAAAAUACUGCGUUUGUCAGAAUCUGUCUGAGUCACUGGGGACUCUCUGCCCUUCAAAGGGACUCCUUUUUGUACCACCAGACAUAGACAGGAGGACUGUUGAACUCCGGCUUGGGGGCAACUUUAUUAUUAAUAUCAGCAGACAGGACUUUGCCAACAUGACUGGCCUUGUUGACCUUACAUUGUCUAGGAAUACCAUCAGUUACAUUCAGCCCUAUUCCUUUGCUGACUUAGAAAGCCUACGAUCUUUGCAUUUAGACAGUAAUAGGUUGCCUGACAUUGGGGAGGAUAUUUUGAGAGGCUUGAUUAACCUUCAGCACUUGAUUCUAAACAACAAUCAACUAAAUUAUAUUUCAGAUGAAGCUUUUGAAGACUUCCUGCUUACCUUAGAAGAUCUGGAUCUUUCUUAUAAUAACCUCAAAAGCAUCCCUUGGGAAUCCAUAAUGAAGAUGGUAAACCUGCACCAGAUUAGUUUAGAUCAUAAUUUGAUAGAUUAUAUCACAGAGGGGACCUUUGCAGACCUUCAGAAACUAGCCAGGUUGGAUCUAACUUCCAACAGACUUCAGAAGCUUCCUCCUGAUCCCAUUUUUGCCAGGUCUCAAAUAUCUCCAUUAACCUCAACUCCAUUUUCCCCACCUUUAUCUCUAAGCUUUGGAGGAAACCCUUUGCAUUGCAACUGUGAGCUACUGUGGCUACGGCGCCUGGACAGAGAUGAUGAUAUGGAAACUUGUGCUUCUCCUCCAGGUUUAAAGGGAAGAUACUUUUGGUAUGUCCAGGAAGAGGAAUUUGUUUGUGAGCCCCCUCUGAUUACCCAGCAUACUCACAAACUGUUGGUUUUAGAAGGACAAACUGCCACUUUGAAGUGCAAAGCCAUUGGAGAUCCAUCUCCAGUCAUUCAUUGGGUGGCACCAGAUGAUCGACUUAUUGGGAAUUCCUCAAGAACAGUAGUUUAUGACAAUGGCACUUUGGAAAUCCUUAUCACAACCUCUAAAGAUUAUGGAACGUUCACAUGCAUAGCAGCAAAUGCUGCUGGAGAGUCUACUGCAACAAUUGAGUUAUCCAUUGUCCAGCUUCCACAUCUCAGCAAUGGUACAGGACGGACAGCCCCUCCUAAAUCAAGACUUUCUGACAUCACAAGUUCCAGCAAGUCUAAUCGAGGAGAAAACAAGGGACCACCAGAUCGGGCAGUCUUGGUUUCUGAGGUGACAACUACUUCGGCUUUAGUCAAGUGGACAGUAAGCAAGUCAGCGCCAAGAGUUAAAAUGUACCAGCUACAGUAUAACUGCUCUGAUGAUGAAGUACUAAUUUACAGGUAA